UGCUCUACUACCAUUAACCAGUUUUGUAAGAAGAGGUCAGACCCGUCUGCGUCUGCGAGAAGAGAUCAGAGUGCUUCAGGAGAUGAUGGGGCCCGAGGAGUACAGAGAGAGAGGGAGAGAGAUGGUGGAUUACAUCUACCACUAUCUGAGCACCGUGCGGGAGAGGCGGGUGAUCCCAGACGUGCAGCCAGGCUUUCUGCGAGCCCAGCUUCCUGAGUGCGCCCCUGAGGAGCCUGACAGCUGGGACAACAUCUUCGAGGACAUUGAGCGGAUCAUCAUGCCUGGGGUGGUGCAUUGGCAGAGCCCCCACAUGCACGCCUACUUCCCAGCCCUCAACUCUUGGCCAUCCCUGUUGGGAGACAUGCUGGCGGAUGCCAUCAACUGCUUGGGAUUCACAUGGGCUUCCAGUCCUGCCUGCACGGAGCUGGAGAUGAAUGUCAUGGACUGGCUGGCACAAAUGCUGGGACUGCCAGAUCACUUCCUGCACUACCACCCCGGAAGCAGAGGGGGGGGCGUCUUACAGAGCACAGUCAGUGAAUCCACUUUGAUUGCGCUGUUGGCAGCACGGAAGAACAAGAUCCUGGAACUCCAAGUGUCGGAGCCUGAUGCUGACGAAUCCUGCUUGAACGCCCGGCUUGUCGCCUACACCUCUAACCAUGCCCACUCGUCCGUGGAAAAGGCUGGCUUAAUUUCCCUUGUGAAAAUGAAAUUUCUGCCUGUGGAUGACAACUUCUCACUCCGAGGGGAAACUCUUCAGAAAGCCAUCGAGGAAGAUAAGCAGCAGGGCCUGGUGCCUGUCUUUGUGUGUGCAACACUCGGGACCACUGGGGUCUGUGCAUUUGACUGCCUCUCAGAGCUGGGACCCAUCUGUGCCAGCGAGGGGCUGUGGCUCCACAUCGAUGCUGCUUAUGCGGGCACUGCCUUCCUGUGCCCUGAGUUCCGGGGCUUCCUGAAGGGCAUUGAGUUUGCCGACUCAUUUGCCUUUAACCCUUCCAAGUGGAUGAUGGUGCACUUUGACUGUACUGCUUUCUGGGUCAAGGACAAGUAUAAGCUGCAGCAGACCUUCAGUGUGAACCCUGUCUACCUCAGGCAUGCCAACUCGGGUGAGGCCAUCGAUUUCAUGCACUGGCAGAUCCCCCUGAGCCGGCGGUUUCGUUCUAUUAAACUCUGGUUCGUGAUUCGAUCCUUUGGGGUGAAGAAUCUCCAAGCACAUGUCAGACACGGUACGGAAAUGGCUAAAUAUUUUGAAUCUCUGGUCAGAAAUGAUCCUUUGUUUGAAAUUCCUGCCAAGAGAUACCUUGGCCUGGUGGUUUUCCGUCUGAAGGGUCCCAAUUGCCUCACAGAAAGUCUGCUAAAGGAAACCACUAAAGCCGGCCAGCUCUUCCUCAUCCGGGCCACUGUCCAGGACAAGCUGAUCAUCCGCUUCACUGUGACGUCCCAGUUCACCACCAGGGAAGAUAUCCUGAGGGACUGGAACCUCAUCCGAGACGCGGCAACGCUAGUCUUGAGUCAGCACUGUACUUCCCAGCCCAGCCCUCAGGUCAGGAACCUCAUGUCUCACCCCAGGGGCCCCGGAGCCCUGGCCCUCCCGCCUGCCCUUGCCGUGGGAGAGGACCCAGCCCUGGCCAGGAAGAUCAUCAAACAGCCUCCGUGGGCAGGAGCCGGUCCCUCAGGCAGGGAAGACAGCUGCCAUCUUGAAGCCUUGCUGGAUCCGCUGGAUGACUACUUCUCGGAGGAGAUCCCGGGCAUCAGCAAGCACAGGCUGUCCUCCUUCCUCUUCAGAUACUUGUCAGGCCAGGGUAAGAAGAAGACGGUGCGUUCCCUCAGCUGCCACAGUGUGCCCGUGAGCGCUCAAAAGCCGCUGUCCCCAGACAGUGUAGACGGCUCCGCGGAGAAUGCGGGUUCCUCCAGGGUCAAGAUCUUCUCUAGGUUUCCGGAAGAGAUGAUGAUGCUUAAGAAAAGCGCCUUCAAAAAACUCAUCAAGUUCUACAGCGUCCCCAGCUUUCCUGAGUGCAGCUCUCAGUGUGGCCUCCAGCUGCCUUGCUGCCCCCUGCAGGCCUUGGUGUAGCGGGCCGGUCUUCCGCCAGAGCUUGAGAACACGCUUCCAGGGGCUGGCAAAACCUUCAGCAUUGUGUGCAAGUGUGUGCGCUUCCGUCUCUGUGCAUUUUCCUUGGGGACGAGUCUAUAAUCUGUAUCAGACUCUCGUAGGGGUGCCUGACUCCAAUAGCAUUGAUGUGGGGAGUUGAAUCCAGCAUGAUCUGGAAGGUUGUGGCAGCUUGUUGGACAGAAAAAAAAAAAGGCUGAGGGUGGAAUUUUGACUGGCAGCUUCUGUGGCUCAGCUUGUGAUGUGAAAUUAGCCUAGAAAUAAAUUGCAAUUGUCUCUGAAA